AUGGAAUUUUCGAAUCGCAAGCUAAGCCGCACUGAUAAAUCUUUAUUAUCUGAUAUAGUUACCAAAAUCUAUCAACUUGAACACACAAUUUGACUAGGGCUUCUAUUGUGCUUAAAUUCUCUAUUAAAUAUUUUUACAAUUCUUCCAUUAAACACAAUUCAGAAUCCAAAAUUUUCUAACACUUUUAGAUGCUUAUUGAUCUUAACAGUCUCUGUUUUAUUAUCAUAUUUUUAUCCUGCAUCAAGGCUAUAUCAUGAUUUAAAAGAACAAGAUUUUGUAAAACUGAGUGCUCUUUAUAAUAUGGUAGGAAUCGCAGACCAGCUACUUAUGGCAUAUGGGAAAUUUGCGAUAAAGACUUUGUUUGCGUCUUCUUGGAAAAUGGGAACAAAAAUCACGAACUUUUUGGUCACAUUGAUAUAUUUAUUUCUACACACUCUACAUCAAAAUAUAGCUUUAACUGUAUUUGAAGUGGCAAUCCAUUCCAGCACUUCCACACUGGUUUUAGUGCUUGUUACAUCCGCAUUUGUGGAGGUAAAAAUUACAGUAUUUAAAAAAACAGAUCAUAGAGCUCUGUAUCAAAUUGUGUGCAAUGAUUUUAUUGAUAGAUUGCAGCUCUUUACAUAUUUGCUUACUAUUUUAAUAAAAGCAAUGAUUGUGAGUCGAUCAAAUAUUUAUCAUAUUAUGACCGGGAUAUUACUUGUAUCUAUAGAUUCAAUUAUGAUUGAUUGGAUAAAGCAUUAUUUUAUUUUGCAUUUUAAUAAAAUUAGUCCUGAAGUUUAUGAAGAAUUUAGAAAGAAAAACAUGAGGGAAAAUUUUUUGUUAAUCCAAAAUGAGAACUAUCAUAUAGAUUAUGAAGAAAUGGUGCCGAACUGUCUUGAUGCGUGCUCAUCAGUGGCGCUUGCUUAUCGAUACACAGCUCUUCCACAUGCAUGCAUGGUAAAUUAUAUGUAGUUACUUCGAGUUUUUGGAGGUGAUAUAUACCAGACUCUCUCAUGUCUUGAAAUUGGCCUAGCUAUGGGAGGUUUAUAUUUAGUUAAAUGCAUAGUUACAAGCAUCAUUCAGCUCCUUAUUUAA